AUGGCCGUGACAGCUGAAGGCCUGCGUGCCGAGAUCGAAGCUACAGAGCAGCAGGUGCGAGAAGCUGAGACGAGGGGCCAGGCUCUCAUGUCCGAGAGCCGGGAGGCUGAGGAAAGGCAGCAGCUCCGGCUGGAGCUUGCUGAACAGCAGAAGAUUUUGGCCGCACAGGAAGCUGUCAACAUCGCCGAGAUUGAAUGGAGAAAGGGGAUCGACGCAGACUUGUUGGGUAGGAGGCCUGAAGAGGCUCCAGUAAGACAAUUGGCACCGGCUUGCGGAUCAGAGAACAUCAACUUCAGGAAGCUCGUCACCGAAUGCGAGUUCAAUUGGCGGAUAGACGGAUUUUUGUGGGUGCGGAGUGCCCUUCGGCAAUCUCGCCAAGACCGGUUGGAGUCAGAUCAAUUGCUUGUGGGUCAAGAGACUUUCUUUUUUGUGUAUGAUCCAAGUGGACGAACGGGGUCCCUCGCCUUGGUUUGCACUGGCGGGCGCGUGGCUUUUCGAUACAAGGUCUACGUAAAGGCACGCUCUGGCGCCUUUGUUCAGUGGGGCAAGCGUGGCGACGUCAUCCAUGAUGACCCAAGCUAUCGGACCUAUGGGCCGGAUGUUCAUGCUGUUCAUGUGGAGGGUUCUGAUGCUGCCGUGGGUAUCUUUGGCCUCACCCACGAAGAAUUGCUGGAAUCAGAGUGGGUUGAGGACGAUGCUCUGACUGCCAAGUUUGCUCUGGAAGUCCGCCCGCACGGGCCUCCAGACACUGUGCGCCAAUCCCUCUGCCAGGUUUUGGAAGUGCAGGAAAAUACACUUUCCUGCGACAUGCAAGCGUUAUGGGAAAGCGGCCGUUGCUGCGAUGUGGAGUUCCACGUGCAGGAGGAGGUCAUCCACGCCCAUUCACAAAUUCUGUGCGCAAGAGCAACGUAUUUUGGAACUCUGUUCAGGAGCGGCUUGCAAGAAUCGAUCUCAAGGGUCAUUUUCAUUCAAGAUUGCAGCGCAGUAGCUUUCAGAACAUUCUUGCACUUCUUGUACAGCGAUGACAUGGCGAAGGUGCAAGCAACGUUAUUUGAGGUCUCGUUACAUGCAGCGGACAGUCCGGAAGGCAGCUCGCGAGUUGCGAUGACGCAGCAGUUGCUUGCUGUCAGCCAUAAGUAUGGAGUCACCAAGCUCCAGCUAUUUUGUGAACUGCAGCUUUGCAAAGAACUCACCGUGUCCGGCGUGUGCAGCAUACUCGCUCAAGCUAGGUUGUGCGAAGCCAAGCGACUCGAAACUGCUUGCUUAUUCUACAUCAAAGAUCAUGUUGCUGAGGUUGUCAUGUUGCAGGAUUUCAAGGAUUUGCUGAGGGAAUGCGACGCUGUUGGGGUGAAGCUGUCGCUGUUCUUGGGCGGAGUGCCUUACGAACGGGCGGACGCAGUCAUAGAGUAG